AUGGCCACCCCGUGGAACUUCCGCAUCAGACCAACCAGUCCUCAUGAGCGUCAACCCGGCAAGAUCCAGGUUACACGGCCAACCGCAAUCAACCGGAGGAGCAGCAACCUAUAUGAACGAGAGGCGGAGACCUAUACUUUUCUCUUCGAGCCUUAUAAGCUGGGAGGGGCCACGGUUUAUACCUUUACCAUCCGUUCAUACCCGGGAGAUGCCUUGGGCUGCAAUGUUUCGGUAUUUGCCAAGGUCGGACUCGAACUGUCUACCGCCCUCAAUAAUUCGCGCGCAUUCAUCGGUCCAGGUAUGAAAGGCAGAAGCAUCCCUGUCGUCAAAUAUUCAAAGGGAAAAUUACUUCAAAGGGGAAAUUACAAAAUAUCACCGCCUGCGUAUGGACGAACCCUGGCGGACCUUCCAGCCCAAGAAGUCAGGUAA